CCUCAUCACCAGGAAGUGCUAACCGGAUGCGUUAAUCUUUACAAUGAUGGAGGAAGAAGAAUUUGAAUAUGCUGAGGAUUUUGAGUCUAUUUUGCACCUAACACCCGAGGUGCAGUUAGCUAUUGAACAGGUUUUUCCCAGCCAGGAUCCACUGGACAGAGCAGACUUCAAUGCUGUGGAAUACAUCAACACACUUUUCCCCACGGAGCAGUCUUUGGCUAAUAUUGAUGAUGUGGUGAGCAAAAUUCGUCUCAAGAUACGACGUCUUGAUGACAACAUCAGGACGGUGGUGAGAGGCCAGACUAACGUGGGUCAGGAUGGUAGACAGGCUUUGGAAGAGGCUCAGAUUGCCAUUCAGCAGCUCUUUGGCAAAAUCAAAGAUAUUAAGGACAAGGCAGAGAAGUCUGAACAAAUGGUCAAAGAGAUAACGAGGGACAUAAAGCAGUUGGACCAUGCCAAGCGCCACCUCACUACUUCCAUCACUACUCUCAACCACCUGCAUAUGCUGGCAGGGGGUGUUGAUUCUUUGGAAGCCAUGACCAGAAAGAGGCAGUAUGGGGAGGUGGCCAACUUGCUGCAGGGAGUGGUCAAUGUGCUGGAACAUUUUCACAAAUAUAUGGGCAUAGCCCAGAUCAGACAGCUGUCAGAAAGAGUAAAGGCAGCACAAAGUGAGCUGGGGACUCAGAUCCUGGCAGAUUUUGAAGAGGCCUUCCCCUCUCAAGGCUCCAAGAGACCCGGUGGACCGAGCAACGUGCUGAGAGAUGCCUGUCUAGUGGCAAAUGUGCUUGACCCGCGCAUCAAACAGGAGAUCAUCAAAAAAUUCAUCAGGCAGCACCUCUCAGAGUAUCUGGUUCUCUUCCAGGAAAAUCAAGAUGUUGCUUGGCUGGACAAGAUUGAUCGCCGGUAUGCCUGGAUCAAACGGCAGCUGUUAGACUACGAGGAAAAAUAUGGCCGAAUGUUUCCUGAAGAGUGGUCCAUGACAGAGCGCAUUGCUGUGGAGUUCUGCCACAUAACAAGGGUGGAGCUUGCCAAGGUGAUGCGAACACGGGCAAAAGAGAUUGAAGUGAAACUGCUUCUAUUUGCUAUUCAGAGGACCACAAACUUUGAGGGUUUAUUGGCCAAACGCUUUACCGGAUGCACCUUGACGGACACACCUGGACAGAAGAAGCCAGAGAGCCCGCUAGACCCAACUAAUCCCUUUCUUGAGGAUGAGCCUGGAGAGGAUGUGGGCACAGAAAAGGAUGAAGAUCUUACCAAGCCCAGAAAGCCUAAAGCUCCGGACAACCCUUUCCAUGGCAUUGUCUCCAAGUGCUUUGAACCUCAUCUAUAUGUCUACAUAGAAUCCCAAGACAAGAACCUGGGUGAAUUGAUCGAUCGGUUUGUGGCCGAUUUCCGAGCACAAGGCCCACCCAAGGCUGGCACAGAGGAGGGUGGAGCAGUGCUGCCCAGCUGUGCUGACCUCUUUGUGUAUUACAAGAAGUGUAUGGUGCAGUGCUCUCAACUAAGCACUGGAGAACCCAUGAUCGCCCUGACAACCAUCUUCCAGAAAUUCCUCAGAGAAUAUGCUUGGAAGAUCCUCUCUGGCAACCUGCCAAAAUCCAGCAGUAACAGCGGGGGUCUCACCAUCACCAGCCUGCUGAAGGAAAAAGAAGUUUGUGAGGCAGCGAAGUUCACUGUAGACGAGCUCUGCCUUAUCUGUAGCAUUCUUAGUACUGCAGAGUACUGCCUGGCCACCACACAACAGCUGGAAGAAAAGCUGAAGGAGAAAGUAGAUAAAGUGCUCGUAGAGAGAAUUAAUUUGACUGGGGAGAUGGAUACAUUCAGCACCGUGAUCUCAAACAGUAUCCUGCUGCUGGUUCAAGAUCUCGAUGCGGCCUGUGAUCCCGCUCUAACUGCUAUGAGCAAGAUGCCAUGGCAGAGUGUGGAGCAUGUGGGUGACCAGAGUCCUUACGUGACAUCAAUAAUCAUGCACAUCAAACAAAAUGUGCCAAUCAUCAGAGACAACCUUGCCUCCACACGCAAAUACUUCACACAAUUCUGCAUCAAAUUUACAAAUUCUUUCAUUCCUAAAUUCAUCAACCACCUGUUUAGAUGUAAGCCUAUCAGCAUGGUGGGAGCUGAACAGCUUCUCCUCGACACUCAUUCCUUGAAGACAGUCUUGUUGGAUCUGCCCUCAAUAGGCUCUCAGGUGCUCCGAAAAGCACCUGCCAGCUACACCAAGAUAGUGGUGAAAGGCAUGACGCGUGCAGAGAUGAUACUUAAGGUGGUGAUGGCUCCUCAUGAACCACCAGUGGUUUUUGUUGAUAACUACAUCAAACUCUUGGCUGAUGGCAAUCCUGAGACCUUUCAGAAGAUUCUGGAUAUGAAGGGUCUGAAGCGCAGUGAACAGAGCAGCAUGCUGGACCUCUUCAGGCAACGACUACCCACUCCACCCUCUGGGGCCGACGGUGGCCCCUCUCUGUCCUUCAGUGCCCCGACUCCUGAGCAAGAGUCCUCUCGAAUCCGCAAACUAGAGAAACUCAUCAAGAAGAGACUGUGAACAGAUCAAAGCGGUGACGUCGCUGCUGUGAUCUUUCAGUUACUCAUCAAAGACUCCAUUAUGCUCUAUCAGUUAAAGUGGAGAAUUACAGAAAAAAGGAGAAAUUGACUGAAUUUUCUGUCUGAUGGUAACAUGAAGCCAAGCUGAUGCUGGAUUAUGAAGAAACUUCCUCAGUGGUUAGUUGCUGUGGCUACAUAUGUUGUGCACUUCUGUGAUUCUCCACCUUUCUUUUCUUGACACUAAAGUCUGAGAUCUCAGAAGACUUCAUCUUGUAGAUUAAACUCUACUCAGAAAUCCUCUGGCUGCUUCUUAACAUAUUUAAUCCAGAUUUAAAGAAGUCUGAUCAUCAAGUUGUUGUCUGGAUAUAUUGUUUGUUGGAAAAUAGUGUAACCAUGAACUAACUGGUUUAAUUAAACAUAAGAAGAAUGGAUUGAAAUGUUGUCAUCCAUGUAUUUGAGGUGCUCUUACUGUUUGUGUCAACAUUGGCGAAGACUGGACAAGAGAGACCUUGGAUUCUCUGCAGUUUUAGACAUUCGUGAGGCCAUUUUUGGCUGUAAACUCAAUGUACAAAGUCACCCCUGUACAGUAAAUCAUCUUCUUUUUAUGUCCACAGUCCAAAAUAUUCUUUUAUAAAUUAUCUGCCUGCACUGAUGAGAAAUUGUGGUUUUGUUUAGUGUAUCCACAGCUUUGCAAAGUUCUCUGUGGGUGAUGUAAAAUAAUGCAUUGCUAUUUCUGGAAAACUUGUAAUCUAUUUACUGGCUAUGCUCAUUUAUUUUCAUACUAGUGCCUCAUUUUCCAACUCCAUGUGGAUCAAAUAAACACUUUCAUUAGUUUACACACAUUCCUGCUAUCAGGUACAAAAUGUUAUUUUGAUUGUCUGGAUGGUAUGCUCCAGCUCUAUUAAAACUUUGCCACAGA